AGCAGGGCGCAUGCAGACUGUGCGUGGGGUGUCUGCCUCAUAUGUUGGAGCAAGGGUUCCCCUGUUCUCCUCUACACCUUCAGCCCAAGAUGGUUGAUGUGGCAAGAGCAGUGGUGUAUCUCUGCGGGCCACCGGAGAUGCUGCAGCAGAUCAUGCAGCUGGCACAGCGGGAGAACCUCACCAACGGCGACUAUGUCUUCUUCUACCUGGACGUCUUCGGGGAGAGCCUGCGGGGUGACUCUUCCCAUGACCCAUUCAAGCCCUGGCAGCAGAGCCCGGGACAGGACUCGGUACUGCGUGAGGCUUUCCAGAUGGUACUGGUGAUCACCUACUAUGAGCCCCAAAACCCUGAGUACCAGCACUUCCAAACCCAGCUCAUCCUGCGAGCUAAGCAGAAAUUUGGGGUGCAGCUCAACUACUCCCUGAUGAACCUGGUGGCGGGGUGUUUCUAUGAUGGGAUGCUGCUGUACGCCAUGGUGCUGAAUGAGACCCUGCGGGAGGGCGGCUCCAAGAAAAAUGCUACCCACAUCAUCGAGAAGAUGCGGGACCGCAAGUUCCAAGGGGUGACGGGGCUGGUGAGCAUGGACAGCAAUAAUGACCGGGACACUGACUUCAACCUAUGGGCCAUGAGUGACCCUGAGAGUGGACAAUAUGAGGUGGUGGGACACUACUCGGGUGUGGAGAAGCAGAUCCACUGGCUGGGACGACCCAUACCCUGGGUGAAGGGGGCUCCCCCCUUGGAUAACCCACCCUGCGUCUUUGAUGUGGAUGACCCCUCCUGCGAUAAAACCCCCCUCUCCAUGCUGGCUAUCGUAGCUUUGGGUACCGGCCUCACCUUCGUUAUGUUUGGAAUCUCCAGCUUCCUUAUCUUCAGGAAGCUGAUGCUGGAGAAGGAGCUUGCCAGCAUGCUCUGGAGGAUCCGCUGGGAUGAGCUGCAAUUCGGGAGUCCUGAGCGGUACCAUAAGGCAGCAGGCAGCCGGCUCACCCUGUCCCUGCGUGGCUCCAGCUACGGCUCCCUGAUGACCACCCACGGCAAGUACCAGAUCUUUGCCAACACAGGCCACUUCAAGGGCAACGUGGUGGCCAUCAAGCACAUCAACAAGAAGCGCAUCGAGCUGACGCGACAGGUGCUCUUCGAGCUGAAGCAUAUGCGGGACAUCCAGUUCAACCACCUGACCCGCUUCAUCGGGGCGUGCAUCGACCCUCCCAACAUCUGCAUCAUCACCGAGUACUGCCCGCGGGGCAGUCUGCAGGAUGUCCUGGAGAAUGAGAGCAUCAACCUGGACUGGAUGUUUCGCUACUCCCUCAUCAACGACAUCGUCAAGGGAAUGGCCUUCCUGCACAACAGCAUCAUUGGCCACCACGGCAGCCUCAAGUCAUCCAACUGUGUGGUGGACAGCCGCUUCGUGCUGAAGAUCACCGACUACGGGCUGGCCAGCUUCCGCUCACCCUGCGACGGCGAGGACACACAUGCCCUCUAUGCCAGUGAGUGCCUGCUCAGGGGCACCGGGGGAUGGGAUGGCUCUGCCUCACCACCCCAUGGCUGUGUCCCACCAGAGAAGCUGUGGACAGCCCCGGAGCUGCUGCAGAAGGGGCGGCUGCCCACCCCCGGCAUGCAGAAAGCUGAUGUCUACAGCUUCGGCAUCAUCGUGCAGGAGGUCGCCCUGCGCAACGGACCUUUCUACAUCGAGGGGAUGGACCUGAGCCCCAAAGAGAUAGUGCAGAAGGUGCGUAACAGCCAGAAGCCCUUCUUCCGCCCCUCCAUCGACAUCGGGGUGCACAGCGAGGAGCUGGCAGUGCUGAUGGAGCGCUGCUGGGCGCAGGAGCCGGCUGAGCGCCCUGACUUCAGCCAGAUCAAGAUCUUCAUCCGCAGAUUCAACAAGGAGGGCAGCACCAGCAUUCUGGACAACUUGCUGUCACGCAUGGAGCAGUAUGCCAACAACCUGGAGAAGCUGGUGGAGGAACGGACACAGGCCUACCUGGAGGAGAAGCGCAAGGCGGAGAACCUCCUCUACCAGAUUCUGCCCCACUCUGUGGCGGAGCAGCUGAAGCGUGGGGAGACAGUGCGGGCUGAGGCUUUCGACAGCGUCACCAUCUACUUCAGUGACAUCGUGGGCUUCACUGCCCUCUCAGCAGAGAGCACACCCAUGCAGGUUGUGACGCUGCUGAAUGAUCUUUACACUUGUUUUGAUGCCAUCAUUGACAACUUUGAUGUCUACAAGGUUGAGACCAUUGGGGAUGCCUACAUGGUGGUGUCGGGGCUACCGGUGCGCAACGGGAAGCUGCAUGCCCGCGAGAUCGUCCGUAUGGCCCUGGCCCUGCUUGAGGCCGUUAAAACAUUCAAGAUCCGGCACCGGCCCAACGACCAGCUCCACCUGCGCAUCGGCAUACACACUGGUCCUGUGUGCGCCGGAGUCGUGGGUCUGAAGAUGCCACGGUACUGCCUGUUUGGGGACACAGUGAACACUGCAUCCCGCAUGGAGUCCAAUGGCCAGGCCCUGAAGAUCCACGUCUCAUCCACCACCAAGGAGGUCCUGGAUGAGUUUGGCUGCUUUGAGCUGGAGCUGCGCGGGGACGUGGAGAUGAAGGGCAAGGGGAAGAUGCGGACGUACUGGCUGCUGGGUGAGAGGAAAGACUCCAAAGUCAUCUGAGCCCGGCGGCAGUGCCAGAGUCCCCAUCCCCAGUGGGGCCACCAUGCUUCCCAGCGCCUGGCACCCCAGGAUGCACCGGCACCCCCCCUGUCACUGCAGCUCUACCUGCCCCGCCCCCGCCCCCCUGCUUCAGCAGGGCUUGGGCAUGGGGGGCCAGCGGCCAUGGCACCGCCUGACCCCCUCCAUCGGCACCAGCAACGCCCACCUCCCCCCACAGCCUCUGCUGGAGGGGGGGAAAUCUGGCCCCAAUCCAGCCUGUGGGGGGCCCCCUAUCCCCCAACUCUUUGGGGUCCUGCUGCCCCUGCCCUCUUCCCCCAUGGCUCAGCUGGAUCUGAGCUGCUCCCGGGGCCUGGCUGCCCCGCAGGGCACUUUGCCAUUUCUUCUCAGUACCUGUCCCCUGGCAGAAGUUGUGCCCAUGUCACCCCCUCCCUGGAGCAGGAGGGAAACGGGGGCCCCUGCCAGGACUGACCCCUUGGCUGGGACAGGCAUCAGUGCUGUGGCUCCCCCCCUCCCCAGUCUCCCCUUCCCCUGUAUAUAGCCCCACCAGGUCAUGUAAAUACCCCCCCUCCCCAGGUGUAAAUAUAGGAAUCGCUGCAAACUAUUUUGUUGAAAUACAAACUU